GGAUUUGAAAGUCCUGCUGAGUGCCGCAUGGCCAACCAGAAGCCCAACGCUGCAGGGGCGAAGAAGGCAGCGGAUAAAAAGGAAGCCUCAAACGCCCCGCCGGGCCCAAACUCGCCGUGGCAGCAGUACUUCACCCAUGACGGCCACGCGUAUUACUACAACUCGCAAACAGGCGUUACGCAGUGGGAGCGGCCGCCUGAACUGGACAAGCCGCAGCCGUCCGCUGCUGCUGCUGCUGCUGCUGCUGCUGCUGCAGCACGCGCAGCAAGCUCUCGAGAGUCAGGGUCUCAGUUUGGGCCCCCGGGGGCAAAUUUGUUUGUCUUUCACAUUCCCAAUGAUUGGAAUGACGUCGACCUCAUACAGCAUUUCCAACAUUUUGGGGACAUUGUCUCUGCUCGCAUUCAAAGAGACGUGGAGGGGCGCAGCAGGGGCUUUGGCUUUGUUAGCUUUGCUGACCAAACAUCAGCAGUGCAUGCGAUCCGGGGCAUGCAUGGCUUCCUUGUGGGGGGAAAGCAUUUGAAGGUGCAGCUAAAGAAGGGAGAAGACCUGCGGCUGACUCCAGCGCUCAAGGCCAUGCUGCCUAUCUCUCACCAGCCCGGCGGGGCCUUCUAUGGGGGGGGCCCCUCAGUGGGCGGCAUGGGGGGCCUGGGGUCCUCCCCUGCGCGUUAUUCCCCAUAUUAG